UUAUUUUUUUUUAUUGACAGAAACACCACCUCCAGGAUAUAUCAGUGAAGAUGGAGAAACAAGUGACCAACAGUUGAACCAAAGCAUGGACACAGGAUCUCCAGCAGAGCUGUCUCCUAGUAAUCUCUCCCCAGUUAAUCAUAGCCUGGACUUGCAGCCAGUUACCUACUCGGAGCCCGCGUUCUGGUGUUCAAUAGCAUAUUAUGAAUUGAAUCAAAGAGUGGGAGAAACCUUUCAUGCAUCACAGCCUUCCCUGACUGUAGAUGGCUUUACAGAUCCAUCAAAUUCAGAACGAUUUUGUCUAGGUCUGCUUUCCAAUGUAAACAGAAAUGCUACAGUGGAAAUGACAAGGCGACAUAUAGGAAGGGGAGUGCGUCUCUAUUACAUCGGUGGAGAAGUUUUUGCUGAGUGCCUAAGUGAUAGUGCAAUUUUUGUUCAGAGCCCAAACUGUAAUCAAAGAUAUGGCUGGCAUCCUGCAACUGUGUGCAAAAUUCCUCCAGGAUGCAAUCUAAAAAUCUUUAAUAACCAAGAAUUUGCUGCUCUUCUGGCUCAAUCUGUGAAUCAGGGUUUUGAAGCAGUUUAUCAACUUACUAGGAUGUGUACCAUAAGAAUGAGUUUUGUUAAAGGAUGGGGAGCUGAAUACAGGCGGCAAACAGUAACAAGCACUCCUUGCUGGAUUGAACUUCAUCUGAAUGGGCCUCUACAAUGGUUGGACAAAGUAUUGACUCAGAUGGGCUCCCCUUCAGUACGCUGCUCCAGCAUGUCAUAGAACUCCUUCCUCCAUUACAAGUGGGAUAAAUAUCCAGUCCAAUUACUAGACUUAGUAUAAUAGCUGUCAUAGUAUUUGUGUGUGAUCCCCAUGAACUGUUUACUAUCAAAAAAAGGUUUGGUUUUGUUUUUUGUUUAUUUUGGGGGGGGUUGCCUUUUUUUUUUUUUUUUUUUAGAGGCACUUAAGGUCUCAUCAAUUAAAGCACCUUGUAGAUUUUCUUUCCUAUAUUCUGAUACUACAUGAAAAUUUAGUGUAUAGAAAUGCCUUGUUCAGAAAGAAGGGACAGUUCUAAAGACUGGUGUUUUUAUUAGGUAUAUAAUUCAGUGUUCUAAUAAUUUAUCAAUAACAUGAACAGUUAAGUAUAUGUGCAGGUAAUGACCUUGAUCUUGAAUAUCACAGUAUUUUCCUGGAAUACAUUUUAGUUCCCAUAAAUAGUUAUUUGGGUUUUGAUUGGGGCAAAAAUUCCAAGACUCCUUUAUUCUUUUAUAUUUUUUUAUAUAAGCAGAUUUUCAAGAUGUCCUAAACAUAAAAAGCAGACUUGUA